GGGCACCAGUCGUCGCCACUGCGCGUCGCUGAAGAUGUUGCAGCAGCAGCCUCUGACCGGCAACGGGCCGUCCAACGGCCGGGGACUCGGCGUGAGCGGCCACCCGGGGAUGCAUGCGCUCAACUCGGUUCAUCAACCUUCUCAGCACCGGUCGGACGGAGGCGAGUCGGGCCUCGAGGGCACGGAAAAUGGACACGAAACCCGCAGAGAUAUCGGCGACAUACUGCAGCAAAUAAUGACCAUCACCGACCAAAGUCUGGACGAGGCACAAGCAAAGAAACACGCACUUAACUGUCACCGAAUGAAGCCAGCAUUGUUCAGUGUUUUGUGCGAGAUCAAGGAAAAGACUGGCCUUUCGAUGAGAAACGCUCAGGAGGAGGAGCCCCAGGACCCCCAGCUGGUGCGUUUGGACAACAUGCUGCUAGCGGAGGGCGUCGCGGGGCCGGAAAAGGGCGGUGGGGCCGCCGCCGCCGUGUCUGCCGCUACCAGCUCAGGAGGGAUGUCACCUGACAGCUCGCUCGAGCACUCCGACUACAAAAGCAAGUUGAGCCAGAUUCGCAGUAUCUACCACACUGAGCUGGAGAAGUAUGAACAGGCGUGCACAGAGUUCACCACUCACGUAAUGAACCUGCUGAGGGAGCAGUCGCGCACUCGGCCCGUAACUCCGCGGGAGAUCGAGCGCAUGGUGGGCAUCAUCCACCGCAAGUUCAGCUCCAUCCAGACCCAGCUGAAGCAGAGCACGUGUGAGGCCGUUAUGAUCCUGAGGUCCCGCUUCCUGGACGCCAGGCGUAAGAGGCGCAACUUCAGCAAACAGGCCACAGAGGUCCUUAAUGAAUAUUUUUACUCCCACCUGUCCAACCCGUACCCCAGUGAAGAAGCCAAAGAAGAACUCGCCAAACAGUGUGGAAUUACCGUUUCCCAGGUCUCCAACUGGUUUGGCAACAAAAGAAUUCGCUACAAGAAAAACAUCGGCAAGUUCCAAGAAGAGGCCAACCUUUAUGCCAUGAAGACCGCCUUGGGUGCCCGACAGGGAGACGAUUCUCCACACACUCCAAACUCAACAGGGUCGGGGUCCUUCUCUCUGUCCGGGUCAGCUGACAUGUUCCUCGGGGUUCCCUCUGUGAACGGCGAGCAGUCUGCCUACUCGAUGCAGGCUAACGGAAACUGGCAGGGUCGACACUCGCCCCCGUCCGGCACGUCGCCCCACAGCGACCAGUCGGAAAACUCUGACUGAUGGCCCCGCCCACCGCCACGGACCGACAGGAAGAUUGACGCGGGACAAGACAGAAAGAAUGAUACGACACUUCCCACUCGGCUGCAGUUGUUUUUGUUUGUUGGGGUUGUCCGCUUCUUUUGAAAGGACGUUGUUGUUUUUCCGUUUGUUUGUUUGUUUUUCAAAGCGCCCAGCGUAGCUCAUGGUUCUGUUGGUGUGAUUAGAGUGCACAGACGGUAGCGUGCGUGCACGUUGUGUGCAUGCAGGUUUGGGUUUCUUACCGAGGCUGUUGGGUUUGUUUUCCACAUGUUUGAUUGGAGCAGGGAAAUGAGGGGUGGGUCUGCAUUAUCUUUGUUUUUAGAACACUAUCAUAUUAUUAUUAUUAUUAUUAUUAUGUUGUUAUUAUUGCUUUUAUUCUUAGUGGGACAAGUAUUUUCAUUUUAUCAGCUCAGAAAAGAGAGAAUGCAUUUAGCGAAUGCGAGGGCUAUAGAGACAAAUCCAAAGACUUUGUGUGUUUUCCGUCUGGUGAGUUCUUUGUCUUCUGUUCGGACCGGGCUUCGUUGGCCCUGGAACAUGAAUGGUGUGUGCCUGAGUCCUUAUUAACGGUGUGAAUGUGUGUCCACAGUGUUGGCUUUGUUUUCUGUACAGUGAAACACCUGUAUUCUCUCUACCUCUUUUACAAUAAAGACUGUAUUCACAAGCAGCUGCUCAUGGACCCACAGCUUUGGCCGCACCAGGAGCCUCGAGCAGCGAUUUCUCACAUUAUUCUCAUCAAAACACACGAGACGUUUCACUUUUAACUAUUUACAGCUGAACUGGAGU